AUGAGCCUCACCCCUCCGAAAUAUUGGCAACAGGAUCAAUCCCGAAACUUAAAAACUUUUGAGCAAGCAUUAGAAUCAUCCCCUAGAAGUUUGGGUCGUACAUUUUUCACGGGAGGAUUCUGUAGCAACUGGCCUGUGACCAUUCUCGGUUCAACCGCAUUGAAAAUAUCAUCCAAAACAUCUGACCAACAUUCAGAUGCGACAGUAUAUUUCAUUUAA